AUGAACACGAUAUUCAUAUCAAAAAUUAGCAAGAAGCCAGAGCAAAAAUAUAAACAAGAUUUGAAUACUGCUACUAACAAUAAAACAGUAGAAUAUUUAACAUUUGACUUGGAAAAAUCUUUACCCCAUCCAUACCUACCAACUGAAGUUUUAUUUUAUAAAAGGGACAGGAUUAAACUUGCAACAGGUACAAAAGAAAAGGAUGUCAGUAUUAAAGACUCCUUAUUAAAGGAGAGCGAUUCCCCAAGCAAAGACUCUUCAUUAGUUAAACCAGUGCUAACGCAACCGUCCAGUGACAAUAACCAUUCAGCCGACGACGCAAGUUGUCAGACUGUCAGUGUUAGUGCCGUGAGUGAAAGCACAGUCGCGAGUGAUAGUACAACCGUAACGAACAACCAGACUACAAUUAUGAAAACUGAUAGUGGUGAUAAAAACGAACCUCAUUGGUUGAAGCUCAAAAAAGCGGCCAUUUCAAAAGAUGUGGAUACAAGUUCAUUGACUCUGUCCAAAGAGAGUCCAGAGGAACUUAAAAGUAAGAUAGAGACUGAGGUAAUGGUCGCACCGGUGGAAAAGCCUAAACUUAAGCCUAAUCUAUUUUUAACUAGGCGAACGAAACAUUAUAGGUCAAUCGACGAUUUAUCUCCUGAAUACGGACCCCUUCCUUUUGUAAAGAAACUUAAAAUUCUCAACGAACGGCAGAAGCUAGAGGAACUCGAACUCGUCAUGAAAACAAGAAGUUUUUCCUUGGAUAUUCCUGAUAACCAAAGUUUUGAUAACGACACUUUAACUAGGUCUCACUCCGAAGGUUCCAGCAUGCAUCACGAACAGCAUCGAACGGACAAAAACUUUUUGACUGCUCCUCUUACAUCAAGCCCUCUACACUCUUCCAACGAAUCCAAUGAAACGAUAGAAAGAAGAAACUUAAAAUCCAUAUUAAAGAAGUUGUCCGAAGAUACCAAAGAAAAAGAUGUAAAUGAUGCCGCUAUGCCGGAAAAAAUUGAUUCGACUGAGUUUAAAAGGUUAAUGCGAGCACCAACAAUUGAAGGGUACGCUGCAAGGCAUAGCAAACUAUCAAAAAGUGUAACUUUUAAUAGGGACACCCUCCAAAGUCCACCAAAUAGUGCCAAUUUAACAGGAACUCCACAGAGCUUAUUUCCUAUUGUUCCUUCACCCUUAGACAAUGGCUUAGAUUUACCUCAGGAUGAAAAACAAAUGGAAUUAGAAAAAUGUGGAAUUCAGAUCGUGCCUAACAAACCUAAUAACCAAGUAAAAAUUCACAAAGGUUCCUUAGAAGAUGAACAACAAUAUUUUGCUGAUAUUCUUAUGGCUAUAAAACAAGUGAUGAGUGCACAUCUUCAAGAGAUCCAAGGGAAGUACCAACAGAAAUUCGAAAUGUUAGAAGAGGAAGUGAGAACAAAAGAUGAAAUCAUCACGCAACUCAAAGCACAUAUCUCUGACUUGGAGAAAACCAACGAAGAUUCUUUCACACCUAGUGAUUCGUUAGAUACAAUAAUUAGUAGAGAAAGGCACUCGUGGGAAGACCCGUCACAUGAUGAACAAGAAGAAUUAGAAGAACUACCCCGUCCAAUUCAUGCUUGGUCUUCUUCUUCUUCGUUACCUUCACACAACGUAGUUUUGGAUAUAGAUUCAACAACAGAUACAGACACGGCUGGAGAGACAUCAGAACCCGAAGACACCGAAUGCGAUUCGACAGAAUAUGAAAACUCCAGCCAGAAUUGGGAAAUAGAACUUUUAGCUGCACAAAUGAGAAAAAAACGAUCAGCCAGUUUGGAUCACACGAUCAGUAGACCGUUCAUCAAAAAACGAUUUAUUAAAGGCUCAUCGGUGGACCAUGAUUGA